UUUCCGCGUGGUCCUAACCUGGUGCAAAAACCUUUGUAUUUAGUAGGCACCGUCCAUAAUCUGCUCCAAGUGUAAAUUGUUCACUCGAUGGACGAUAAAACUGGAUGACUUAAUGCCGGGGAAUCUAUGGGAAGCAGAUUAUGCGUCGACGUGCAUUCUAAGAAACGGUUCACAGAGAAUUCAAGAGAAUAGAACAAACUGAUCACGUGCAACGCCUUCGGGCAUCAUGCAUAAAACCUAAAACCGGAACAAACAGGUCCACAUUGCAAGUAGGUCUCAGUACUAUUCGAAGUUUACGUAGCAUUCAACGACUGCAAACAUUGCUACUCCCUCUGGAAGAAGAUGUUUGCUCAUUCUGUGAUAACCUCCAGCAGUUAUGUCCAGGCAGCGAAACAACGUGUCUCCCACAAACAUGGCUAGAUAAUUACAAUGGUCUCUAGACAACUCAGCAUUGCUCAAGUCAUACGAUUCGAAAUUGAAGUUGCCGAUAUUCAAUUGCUACUUCAAAAAUUAAAAAAAAAAGCAAUAACUCGAAAUUAGCUUAAAAUGUUCGUGUUGGCAUAUUUCGGUCUGAAACAGACAGCCUUCUUAAUACACCGACAGAAAGAAGUCAAUAAAAAUCAAGUGAGUCAUUUGAAAUUUUCGAGUGAUUUUCUAAAGUUUUGUUAUUGUUACUUUAAUUUUAGUUUACUCUCUUGGCUCCUCCGUAGCUUGCAACAAAGUGCAUAUCGACAUCUCUCCACGCCGGGCUAUUUGUCUCGAGAAAUGAGCAUUUCUGAGCUGGCGAAAACAAGUUGUAUCAUGCUUUCGUGCCAAAUGGUCCGGCGUGCUCCUGAAGGAUGCGAAAGAUCGUCACAAUAAAUGGCUAACGCUCACUGAAUAAUUCCAUCCUUGUUCGCGGUCUACAAUUAGCCCAUUUCCACUGUUUCACACUGAAUUUAUACACAUUUUCCAAUUGACUAUGCCAGCAUUCAAACGUCCAAAGGAUAGGAGAAAAAAUUAUACUGUGCGCUUAGAUUAUUCGCUUUUGUAACAAUGUAUUUUUGAUAAUUACGUAAAAUCAAAGGUGAAUGUGCUUUGGUUAAAGAAAAGAAUGCGAACUUUCAGGUUCCCUGUAAGACGUCGUCUCCAAAUUCUUCAACAAGUGAAGAACUCGCCCACCCGAGUUGUCUCGCCCCCCGAGACGGGUUCGCAAUCCUAAUGUAAACGGUUGGUUGAUUUUGCAAAGAAAUAAGCUAAAAGUUAGCUCGGCCGGGGUAAGGCGGGGGGAGGGUUGUCUCGGGUACCCAGGGAGUUUGACCUGUCACGGCCGAGUGAUUUUUCGGUGUAGGAUUUCUCAUCUUGACGUCCUCCUCUUGUUAUCGCCUGUUGUCAUUAAACCCGGAGAGAUAUCCUGAAUAAAAUUGCUCUACUCUGAUCUUCAAGUCGCGAGGCAAAAACAUGCCGUGAGAAGUAUAACUUCGUUCAGCGGAACUGUCAAAGAAGUCUUAAAAAGAAGACGGCGAAGCUAAGGCAUCUUAUAACGAUUUUUGCUGCGUCUCUCGGUGUAAAUCUAAAAGUUAUUGCGAAAGUUUCAAAUGCAGAGUUUCAACCGAGAAUUUACAUUAUAUGUAUUGUAGUAUUUGACAUAGGAGAUCAUUUAACUGCGGUGAAAUGUUUGCCGAUAGCAGCGGAAAGUUUCUAGAGAAUAUGUCCGGUUUCAAGUGAAAGUCCGCUUCAAUCUUUCAAAUGGACGGCAGAAAGGCCAAGUUUAGUGAAUUCAUAUUCACUGAAUUGUUCUUGGACAAUGCUGUUGAGCGGCGAAAUCACUAACACUCUCGCAAUCGGGUUGGAGGUGGAAAGCUUUGCCAAACAAAACACUCGAUAAAUUGAAAUCCUUCCAAAGCCUGUUAGCAGAAUCGCAAGAACAUCACAGCUUGCCAAGCGUGACGCAUAUGGAAAGCCAAAUGGUGCAAAAUUCAAGGAACAAAAUUGGCCUUACGUUCAACAAAUUUGCUAUCAAGGUCAAGAGAGACUUCAAUCAAGUUCAACAAAAUCAGUUCACGUUCAACCGAUUUUCUCUCAAGGUCAAGACAUUUAGAAUCAAGCUCAACAAAAUAACGUCUUCACUUUCAACAGAUGUCCUUUCAAGGGCAAGAGGUAUUUGAGUCAAGCUCAAGAGAUCACUUAAGCUACUUUCAACGUAAAAUUUCUCUCAGUUUCAAACUUCGUUCCAUAUCAUCCCCAAAUUCCCCGUCACGUUUCAGCAACUCGACCUUUCAAGAAGCCGCGAAUGACAUGACGCUCAACGUAGCCAAAUUGCAGCAUCAACAACCCAAAUACGUUGUCAACAACCUCGCCAACCAGUCAACAAAGUAGUUAACCCACAAUGCAACGUGUGGAACAGACUUCGUAUACUGUUCAUGAAGUAUUUACCCAUAAUGCAUCUCGCAAAUUUUCCCGCCAAAAAUCAAAGAUGGCUACAAACAUGGCAGAAACUUCAACUACCGAAGAAUGGGACAAUUUCUUUGAAGAAUUGGUCCGUUUAUUGACUGAUUAUGAAGCAUUGUACGACUCACCAGAUUGUAUAUUGCAAGAAAAUGUAUUUAUUCGAAUGGAGUCCGCUCUUCUUGCUCUUCAACAAGUCAUACCUUCAGCGAUCGAGAGAGGACUAAACUGCGCAUCAGUUCUGCAAGAAAUUUUCACAAACUUUCGAAUUUUGUUUUUAGAGUGGACAAGACGUAGGGAAACUCAAACAAGCUCUCCUUGCAACAACCUGGCAGUUUAUUCGCUAGAAAUCCCCAAAGUUGAGCGAAGUGGUCGGCCGGGCAGGCCGAGGUUUGAAAUCAGCGAGGAUGUUCUUUUGGAAUUGCGCUCUUAUGGUUUUACUUGGAAACAAAUUGCAGACAUGCUCCUUGUUUCAAGGUGGACUAUAAGGAGACGUGUUGUUGAAUUUGGCUUACAGGAAACAACAGGAUUUUCUGCAUUAUCUGAUGAACAAAUUGACUUUUAUGUCAAACAGUUUAUUGAAGAGCAUGGCAAUCUUGUGGGAUGUUCCAUAGUUCAAGGUUUUCUUAAGUCACUUGGCUUCAGACUACAGCGCCGCAAGGUAAGAGCAAGUAUUUCUCGAGUAGAUCCGCAUAACUCUCGCAUCAGAUGGGCAAUUGUUGUUUCAAGAAGAGCUUAUUCAGUGCAAGGGCCAAACAGUUUGUGGCACAUUGAUGGCCACCACAGCCUCGUGAACUGGGGAUUUGUUAUACAUGGAGCAAUAGACGGUUUUUCAAGAUUGAUAGUGUAUCUUCACUGCUCCACGAAUAACAGAAAGGAAACUGUAAGUCAACUUUUUCUCUCUGCUACUGAGCGCUAUCACUGGCCUUCAAGGUUACGGAGUGAUCAUGGUGGAGAAAAUGUGGGCGUGUGGCAGUUAAUGGAAGAGGUGCGUGGUCCAAAUAGAGGAAGUUUCCUGGCUGGAACAUCGGUGCACAAUCAACGCAUCGAGCGUCUCUGGCGGGAUGUGUUUUGCACUGUGUGUCAUAUUUUUUAUUACACAUUUCAGGCCAUGGAAGAAUCAGGACUCCUUCAGCGAAACAAUAGUUUACACAAGUUUGUACUACACUACAUUUUUACCCCCAGAAUAAAUAAGGCCCUCCAGUCCUUUUCUGCUGCAUGGAAUUAUCAUCCCAUGAGAACGGAGCGCCAAUGGUCACCAUUUCAGAUGUGGACAAAUGGGGUGCUUGACAUGAGAAAUCAUUCACUUAUAGGCAUUUCUGAUAUAGCAGAAUCCGGGGGAGAUGUUGAUGACCUAGAAUGGUAUGGGUUUGACCCUUUUGCACCAACACCCAGUGAUGAUGGACUUUCCACGGUAGAGGUUGAAGAUGUCGAUAUUGACUUACCCACUGACAUCUUAACUUUGCUUAGGCAAAGUAUUGAUCCUUUGCAACAUUCCAAUAGUUUUGGUAUUGAUUUGUUUCAGAAUGCUUUAUUGGUUCUAACACAAGCUGGAGAGUAUAAUAACAGAUCUCAAGAGUGAUGAGAAUGACAUAUCAUGAAUGCCAACUUAAUGGUGUACCUUCUGGGAAAGGGGAUUUGAAUUAUGCUAGUGGCAGUAUGAAACCUUGUUCUCUGUUGUGGUACAAAGACAUCACAGAACAUGUGUCACACAUACACUGUUUGAACAAGAUAAACAAAUUUGUCCUUUAUAAACAAUGAAACUAUUUUUGAGGAUCUCAAGAAUACAGUGACCCCCAACUAUGAAUGGCCAAUAGUUCACAGGCAAAGCUUGGAUGAACUACUUUACCUAUCAGCUACUUUAUCAAAAUAAAUAGUGUACAUUAUUUUAAAACGAUCUUCUGUUUUUGGUGGUGACUAGUGUAAAUGCCUGGUUAAUGCAUGAAGUGGCUAGAUUCUCCAAGCUUCUUUACCAAUGAAGUAU